GGGGUUGGCCACGGGUGGGACACCGCCUGAAACCUGUCCAAAAAAUGCAUAAUAUUUGCUCGAGGCUCGGGCGAAUUCUGCUCAUCUCCGCCGUUUUCUGCGUCGGUCUCUGCUCCGAGGAUGAGGAAAGAUUGGUGCGAGACUUGUUCAGAGGUUACAACAAACUCAUUAGACCCGUGCAGAACAUGACAGAGAAAGUGCACGUGAAUUUUGGCCUCGCUUUCGUGCAACUGAUCAACGUGAACGAGAAAAAUCAAAUUAUGAAAUCGAACGUUUGGCUGAGAUUCAUCUGGACGGAUUAUCAGCUGCAAUGGGACGAGGCAGACUAUGGCGGUAUCGGAGUACUUAGAUUACCACCCGACAAAGUAUGGAAACCUGACAUCGUGUUGUUUAACAACGCGGACGGGAACUACGAGGUGCGAUACAAGAGCAACGUGCUCAUCUAUCCGAACGGCGACGUCCUCUGGGUGCCACCGGCCAUCUACCAGAGUUCCUGCACCAUCGACGUCACUUACUUCCCCUUCGACCAGCAAACCUGCAUCAUGAAAUUCGGCUCCUGGACGUUCAACGGCGACCAAGUGUCCCUGGCUUUGUACAACAACAAGAACUUCGUCGAUCUGUCCGACUAUUGGAAGAGCGGCACCUGGGACAUAAUCAACGUUCCUGCCUACCUCAACACCUACAAAGGCGACUUUCCAACCGAGACUGACAUCACCUUCUACAUAAUCAUCAGACGAAAAACGUUGUUCUACACGGUGAACCUGAUCCUGCCUACCGUGCUCAUCUCUUUCCUAUGCGUGCUCGUGUUCUACCUUCCAGCCGAGGCUGGCGAGAAAGUGACGCUUGGGAUCAGUAUCCUCCUCUCGUUGGUCGUGUUCCUGUUGUUGGUCAGCAAGAUCCUGCCGCCGACCUCGUUGGUUCUCCCGUUGAUAGCCAAGUAUCUUCUGUUCACGUUCAUCAUGAACACGGUCAGCAUCCUGGUCACGGUGAUCAUAAUCAAUUGGAACUUCAGGGGGCCGAGGACCCACAGAAUGCCCCAAUUGAUCAGAAAGAUAUUCCUCAAGUAUCUGCCCACUAUACUGAUGAUGAGGAGGCCCAAGAAGACGCGUCUCAGGUGGAUGAUGGAGAUUCCGAACGUGACGUUGCCCACUUCCACUUACUCGGGCAGCCCGACAGAGUUGCCCAAACAUCUGCCCACCUCGUUGACGAAAUCCAAGAUGGAGGUGAUGGAGUUGUCGGAUCUUCAUCAUCCGAAUUGCAAGAUCAACAGGAAGGUUCAUCACACGACGAGCAGCUCGAGCGCGGCCGGCGGGGAAGGCCUAGCAGAUAGAAGGGGAUCGGAGAGCUCCGAUUCCGUGUUGCUCAGCCCCGAGGCUAGCAAAGCUACGGAGGCUGUCGAGUUCAUUGCCGAGCAUCUGAGAAACGAAGAUUUGUACAUACAGACGAGGGAAGAUUGGAAGUACGUGGCGAUGGUGAUCGAUCGACUGCAGCUUUACAUUUUCUUCCUGGUGACGACAGCGGGUACCAUCGGGAUCCUGAUGGACGCACCUCACAUCUUCGAGUACGUGGACCAGGAUCAUAUAAUAGAGAUCUACCGUGGAAAAUAA